ACGUGGCCACGUGGCUGCUCUUCGGCGCCAGUACCAUAUUUCGCGUAGCGGGUUGGCAACCAGGUAAUUGGCAUGUCCGCAUCUCAAACUACCGAAUGCAGGACCAAAACCUACUACUAUACUACCAUAACUAUACUAUAGUAUAGAGUAGGUCGUGUGCAGGACCCUCGUUUCAAAGAGGCCCGCCAGGUGCCGCUACGAAUCACCACGGGUGAUUCUGAACGCGAGCUUGGCAACCGUGAUCGGUACCAUCAUGGCGCAGUACGCUGCUCACUUGGUGACAAACGUAAUCGAAAAACCGUCAAUCUUCGAAGUUUUGGCUCAAGAAAAUCUAGCAGAUGGGUUGAGAAACGCUGCCCGAUACCUGAUCUCAUUUCUAUCAGAGCAUUAUCCUGGAAGGUUCGCGUUUCUGACACCACACGUGGAAGAAUUCAUCGCUGCUGCUGAUCUCGUCAUUCAGCUGUACCAUCUACAAAUCUAUCACAGCUCCUUCUCAGAGCAUUACUAUGGCUUGAAGCGAGUUGCCUGUGCUGGAUCAUUCCGGACAAAGCAUAUCGUGAAAUCGCUGCUGGCUCUAGUUGUAUUGCCUUACAUGCGAGAAAAAGUGGACGCCGCCUUUCAGGAAGCGCGCAACAGCCAAACGCCCGCAAAGUUUUCUCGUUUGUUAAUUAAACUCUACCCUUACUUUUACCUUGGCUGGGAAGGCGUGAACCUCGGUUGCACGCUUUUAUACGCAAUCGAAAAGUUCCGAGUGCAUUCUUUGACGCUUGCGUUUGCAUCUGUUGAACUGGCGUCAGCAAUGGCGCAUAGCGUUGAUGUUGGCAGGCCGGGUAAUGGCUCAGUGCUGUGGAAAUUGUUCAGAGGUGUCAUGAAUGGGAUGUCCAUGUCCCUCGUCACUGGGGCAUUCCUCCUUCAGUUCCUGGACUGGUGGUAUUCGCAAAGACAACCGCAAUGGACUGUACCAGUGCCAGCUUCUAGGAGGCACAUUGACGUGGCCGACGGUACCUGUCCGAUCUGCUAUAAAGAAAUAUCAGACGAUACAGUGCUUACAGUGAGCGGCUUCGUAUUCUGUUACGCUUGCAUUCAUAGUUUUGUUACUGAGAAAAGGUGCUGCCCUGUCACUGGCUACCCAGCAUCUGAUGCCCAGCUUGUUCGAAUUUUUACGAGCUAAAUCUCGAGCCGCGUAUUUUUGAUCGGUAAUGGGCAUUUUUUGCUUGGCCGUAGUGGUGCAAGUCUGCCAUACAGGCAAUGUGAUAGUAGGAACACCUUCAAGUUGAGUCAUUCAAGCCAGUCAAGAGAGCCGUGUUCUGUAGUCGUCAUUGCUAUUACUCGAUCUGAAUGAUGAUUGAAUUCAUAGUAAACUGUCAUUGAGUUCUGUGUGCCAAUGGGAACAUCGGUUGCUCUAGGACAGGUGCUGAACUUCGGGAAAAGUCCGGAUACCGUGCCCCUCACAAUUUAAGUUGUCACAUAGUGCUUCAAUUGACCUUUCCUGCACAAGGCGAGACCGCCCUCGGGAAGGCCAUAUGGGGGGGGGGGGGGGGAGAUCGCCCCUCCCCCAAAUCAUAAGGUUAAACAAUAGGUUCCCUUCCCCCACUAGGUGCCUUGACAAAGAAACCACAACCCCACCUCCAAGGUGUACAUCCGGAUCUGCCCCUGCUCUAGAGCAACGAUCCAAAGCAAGCAAGCAAAUCUGGUGCACUACUUGGACAGCACCGCUUGGGCACUUCGUGGUACGGUGGUAACCAUUUCUUUUGUUCUUUUUCUUUUCUUUUUUUGCAGCAAAUAUUACGAGUGACAAACAUACUGAUUUGAUGUUGCACACUGAAUGCUGCUCGUGGAGAUCUCGUAUUGUUCGUACUAAUGCUGGUUAGGUGUCAUAGCUGUCACCCCCUCUGAGAUCAAAGUUAGUUUUGAGUUUUCCUGUUGAUGCAUACUGGCUGCAGUAAUAAUGAUGUUUAGCUUUAUGCAGAGUGUAUGUUUUGAUAAGACUUUCAAUGGCAGGCAACUUCUGGUAAACUUUUUAAAAUCUUUUCAAUGGCAAAUGUCCAUGCCCAUUCAAAGCUGAAGCCCCACCUUACAAUUUGGAUAAGCAUUGUUGAAAAACAUAUUUUUGUUGGGGGCAAAGUCGAGCACAUGUUGUAACUUAAUAAGCUGUAUUCACUGAGCAAAGCAGCUGUGCUAGCAUAGUAGCAUACUGAUAGAAAUGCACUUGAGUAGGUUAUAUGAUUUCAAGUGCAAGUGUUCAGUUAAUGCUGUUUUACAAAGGUUGUGAAACGAAGACUUUUGAAAUUGAUGAAGUGGUAGUUCAUAGCUUGGCAUGGGCAGCUUCCUCACUGCUGUUCUUCCAAUUUACAAGCAAUACUCAGUAGAGUGUGUUGUGCGUUCUGCUGAUUACCACCUCAGUUUUUGUGACAUGCACACUUUAUCACUGUAGUAGUGUAUCGUGGUGAAUUGUAUUAUACACUGUUGUGAUGUAGGAAUUAGUGGUGUGGCAAUAGAUUGCUAAUAACUUUAUUAAACUCUACAUAAUGCA